CCGGGGGGGGCGGGACGGGGACAAUCCGCCCCCGCUGGCAGCGGGCGCGGCUGUUUACAGGUCCCACGGUAGCCUUGGACUGCAAAAAAUAAAAAGUGCUGGUUUGGAAGAGCUGCUUGCUACCACUUUCGCUCAGCUUUCUUCUCCUCUGUGUGAAACCCCAGGGUGCUCAAAAAAUCUGAGGAAAUAAUAAAAAAAAAAAAAAAAAGAUGUGGCCGUUUUGGGGACUGGACCUGAACCGAGUCCGCUGUGACCUGCUCUUCACAGAAGCCAUCAAUCAAAGGAUGCAGGUUCCCAACAGGCUGAAGGUAGCAGAUGGCUUCAGCCCUGUGGAUAAGGAGCCGGUGACAGAGGAUGUCCCUCCUUCCUUUCGGAUGCACAUCCCUGAUAGGAUUUCUCUUGCAGAAAUAUCAGAUGCCAGUUUGAGGCCCAUCCUGCUGAACCAGCAAAGAAAGGUCCCCUCUGUCGUGGUGCACAUGUCCCCGGACUCCUCUGCGCAGCCCACCCACCUCAGGGAGCUCCCUUUUCUGCACGGAGACAGCAGAUCAAACUCCCAGAAACGCAGACGACUGGGCCAUCACAGCAGCAGGUCGCGGCGGGAGAGGACUCCAAGUGACUGUGCCCAACUAGCCUUGUACAGCCAUGAGCGGCCAGACGUGUGUCCCCUGCCCGCGCGCCGUGCCCCGCUCCCCCUCCUCGCGGAGGCGGGCAGGAUCUACUCCAUGCAGAACAUCUUCCAAACCAUGUACCAGCUGGGCCAGGUGCUCUUCCACCGCGUCCAGAACUCUCUGCAAGACCCAGUGCCGUCCAGCUCCCAAGAGGCCGGCCCAGCCCCAGAGAGCACCUUGGAGGAGGUCGGGAUGGCUGAGAUGGCGGCAAUGCGAAAGCAGCUGACGAGGAUCUCGCAGAGGCUCCGCGUGCUGGAGGAGCAGUGCAACGCCUGGCGGCAGAAAGAAGCCCUGGUCUACUCCGUCCUGAUCUCCGCCUGCCUCAUCAACACGUGGCUCUGGCUGAGGAGAUGAUUUCCUGUGCCCCAACCUCCCCUGGCCAACCCUGUCAGGGUGGGUGAGGGCAGGGAGAGGAUCCUUGCUUGCGUACUUGCAAACAGUAAAACGACAUGUUUCUUCUUAA